AUGACAGAAAAAUAUAUAAAAAUAUUGAUAAUUUUUAAAAAGUCCAAAAUUACCCAACAUCAUUUUUCUGUAUUUAUUAUGUCAUUUUCAGUUGCAUUAAAGUCCACCCUCAUCCACCCCCAUUGCACUUGUUUGUGUUUGUCCCACUCAAAAUACUUAACCUACAUCUUUCUUCCUCAUCUCAUGAUCCGCACCAACCUCUCGAAAACUUGGUUUGCGUCUUCUCGACUAAUUCGAAUCGCCGCGUCGCCCAUCUUGAUACCUGCGCGAAUGAUCAUCAGCGGCACCUUCAUGUACCCCUUCAUGGGGAUCUACUACUUUUUUACUCAUCCCAUUCUGUGGGCCUACCUGUUCACCAUUUUCCUGCCACAGAUAGUGCUGACCAUGGUCGUGUUCUUCUUCAUGUACCUGUUCUUCUACCCCAUUUCGGCCGCGUUUGCCUUCCUUUUCAACGGUCCCACAGGGCUGUUCACCGCGUGGAUUGCCCUUCUUCAGCAGUCUACUGUAAUCGCUGGCAUUCUGGGCGAUAUGUUCUUGUUACCCACCCCAAUGAAGAUGCUGUUUGACAGCAUCAUGUCCCGUGAAGGACUUGACGACAUUGUCGUUGCUGGAAAACAGAGAAGACCCACUCCGGUGCCUCCGCCCCAGACGCGAGUCAAGGUCUUGCUCAAACAUCUACCACUCACCCUGGUAUUUCCUACAUGGUUGGUCCGACUGACAGUCACUGUACUUCUACACUUCAUUCCCAUCAUCGGUCCCUUUGUUGCAAUUUUGGUCAACGCUCCCCGACGAGGUCGAAACGCACACGCUCGGUACUUUGAGCUCAAGAUGAUGCCCAAAGCCGACGUGGAACAGUUCACACGGGUGCGACGGGGCCAGUACCUCGGGUUUGGUAUGGUUGCUGGCGCUCUGGAGUCGAUUCCGUUCCUUGGACUUCUUUUUGCGUUCACCAACUGUACUGGCGGAGCUCUUUGGGCCGUGGCCAUUGAGAGACGGAUGCGUGACACAGCCCGGCCUUCUCUCAACAACGCGCGUGCCCGGGCCCAGCAGAUGAUGAUUGGAUGA